CCGGGACUCCAACCUCAGAGUCAGCCAAUAUGGGAUCCAGCGCCUUAACGUCCAUGCCACCUUUUGGCCCUCUUGAUGAAGUUUUUAAGUUGUAAGUACAAUCAAGAAGAAAUUGAAAAAGAGCCAGAGUUUUGAUGAUGUGCAUCAUCGUUUUCAUGCAAUAUUUUUAUCUCCUGGAGAAUCUACUGGAGAAGCCCGCCUUCACCCUUAACCUUUGGUGCCUCAACUAAACACUUUUCAAAUUCCUUUGUUUUUGUUGAAGUUGAAGGUGUACAUUAAGCAAAAUGCAAAGUUUCCUUUAUCAUUCCUUGUGGGUUCUAUAAUGUGAAGACUGUAAUGACAACCUACUUUGGAGAUGAGAUUCAAAGUAAAUCAGAUCUUCUUGCUUUUUGAAAAAUGUAACAUCAGUAGCUGGAUUCCAAUUUUUCCCUAUGCAGUUUUUAAUUUUCUUUUUGAUUGGAUAGCUAACAAUGAAUUAGUAGCCAUUUCUUAGUGAAUCCAAGAACUGAGCCAAAGUAAGCUGCAAACGGUGAAGACACUCAAUUGAAAAAUCUCAAUGUGUGAUCUCUGGUACUGCUAACCUGUUCAGUGAGACAGAUGCAAAGCUAAGCAAAAAUCAAUGGACUUUUUUUUACUGAAUUUCAAGAUUUAGAUGUUUUCAAACUUCAUGUCCUGUUUACACAUGUCUCCAGUAUUUGCUACGGAGCUUUGUUUUUGUUUGAGUUGACAUCCUUCAGGCUCUCGAGGAUGAUGACUGCCCUGUGCCAGCUUGGUUAUCAGCCAGCCCUUGACAAUGCACUUUUAACCUCAACACUCACCCUUCUGGUUGUCCUGCAAGCCACAGGUUCUCUGGAAGUGGAGAUGGCAGGGAACACUCAGACUGCGUUUCUGAAUGACAAUGUCACCAUUAUCUGCAAGAUCCCUGGUUCCCCACUCCUGGACAUCAAGAUUAUAGGGAUCACCUGGUUUCGCAAGAGUCCAAAAUCUGGAAUGGAAGUUAAGCUGUUUGAGUGUUUUGGAAAACACCGAACGGUAUUCCGGCCUGGAGCCAGCGUGUCUCCAGUGAGGCUGAAGACAGGGGAUGCCUCACUGCAGUUGCCUGAUGUCCAGCUGUGGGAAACAGGAGAGUACCGAUGUGAGGUGGUCGUCACCCCUCAGAAGGCAAAGGGGAGAGUCUGGCUGCACGUUCUGGCUCAUCCAACCAGCGCAUUGUUUCCAGAGAAACCUGUGGUGAAAGGUAAUGAAGACAAUCAUACUGUGGAAUCUGAGAGGACACAUGUCUGGUGGAUUCCUUCUUUAAUCAUUAUUGGACUGAUUAUACUGGUGUCUUCAUGUGUUUGGAAAAGAUGCAGGAGCCACCUGAACAAUGGCAGCAGUUCUUACACAGAAAGGCGGCAGUGAUCCAAACAUUCUCAGAGAAUUGUACGUAACUACAGCAGAAACAGACUGUUUCCAGCUGCUCACCUGGAGGCAGAACUCUGGUAUGAUUGGCAUUCUUUGACUUCGAUGGAUAAAAAUCCAAAGACACAGGAGAAAUUUUGAAAAAUAGUCAAAGACUCUGUCAGAACUAUACCUCGCUGACUCCUUUCUGCAUUAAUCUGAAGUUACUCUUCCUUUCCCCAUCAUCACAGCAUUAUGAGAAAAACCGAAAUUGAUCAAACGGAACAAACAGAAGCAAGGCUGCUCGGUGCCUGAAGCACAGCUUGGGACUGAUGGUCUGGGGGGAGGAGUUGGGGGCACAUUUGUGCUGCAGAGGCUGAUAGCACUUCAGGGAGGAAAAGCACGUGACUUUCCAGGAGAGGAUCAGCCUGUGCCUGAGCUGAAGGAGGCUCUGGGCAGUGCUGUCCUGUGCUCGCACCUGCACACGGUUGCUUCGCCCUGGGAAAGUAAUUCACUGGGCGUUGCAAAUGCACUUUGUACCACCCGUCACAUGCAUUAGCGUCAGUGCCUGGAAGGACCAGGUCAGAGGAGUGGCAGAGAUUCACACAGCUGAUCAGGACCUAGACUGGCAAGUCCAUGCAACCUGUCCUUCCUGUCACUCCAGAGUCGGCCCUUCCCAGAGUGGAAAUAGAAUAGGGUGUAGGGACCACCUGCUUUCCUCUCCAUGAAGAUGUGUAGCUUUCCCAGGGAGGCAGGGGUGAAUGCUUAGAGUCCUGAAAAGAACAGGGGACUGUAAGGCUAGACAGGUAGUUAGAGAGGACCAGUGGCUGGCAUGGUGGUUAAGGCACUGGACACUCCCACAUGCUGACUAUGGUUCAAGUCCCAGACCUGAUGCCUUGCUUUCUCACUUUCCCUUUGUGUGUGUGUGUCUCUCUCUUGUUAAGUUAAAAAGGAAUGAAUGAAUAAUUUAAAUUAAAUUAAAUUAAAUAAUUCCUUUAAAGAAAGAAGGCAGUCAGAGCUUGAAGUCCAAGGCUGAGAACCUUGACCCAGAAGAUGAUGGGGAAACCACUGGAGUUAUUUCUCCCAGGAGGGAAUGCCCCGGCCCUUGUAAGACCACUCUGGUGGGUGCGUGGCAAGGGAACUGCAGAGGAUGAGAGGCUGUUGGGGAUGUAGACAGCACUGCAACACGACUCACUUCUCACCCAGUUCUGACUUUCGUCCCACUGUGACUCCUCUCUAGCUGCUUUGAAGCUAGAAUAGAGCUCUGGUUCUUCGGACCUGCCCCAGGCUGACUCUGAUACGCAGAAUAUGUGUCUUCUUCCCCCAUGUCUUCUGCACAUCAUGCUAUUACAGAGUAUCUGACGCUUGGGCCUGGGGAGACCUCAGAGGCUCUGGGCGCCCACAGGCCUGUGAGCAGCCAGACCUACGCAAGUUCCCCAGAAAAGUUCUCCCCAGGAAAGGAUGCAAGUGGGUAGCUCAAGUGAAAGACAGAGCUGGAAGGUUGCCACCUGUGGAAAGAGAGUCCUGCAAAAAUUGAUUCUCUCUAGCAGAAAGGCCAGAUCUAUACCUUAUUGGGUCUCAUGUAGACCUCGGAGUGUGAAUGGCUGGUUUGGGGAGGUUUUUGCAGACUAGCAAAGAGUGUCACAACAGGAAGAGGACAGCAUGGCUUCCUCCGGUUGUGGAGCUCAGGCCAGAGGCCCAGGACACCUGUCACACCAUUCAUGUGACUUCGGAUGCAGAUGUACCCCCAUCUGAUUGACUGUGGGAGAAUAACCUGGAUGACAACGACCUGACACGGAGAGGAUGGAGGAUUCCAUCUAGAAGGUGGUGAGCUCACUAUGCACAGGGGUCAGAGAAGCUGCCAGUGAGGUCCUUCUGGCCCUGCCACGUUUGAGACAUCAUCUAGACUGUUACACCACAGCCGAGCAUGCUGUCAGCCUUGAAUCUGGGACCUCGGGAUCCUCUUUUGUUCUUAGACUGCAAACAACUGUCUCUCUGCAGUGUAUUGGCAGUUAAGUAAGGUGUAUUCCUGCUAAAAACUGGAGCUCAGAUUUCUGGAACUGGCAGGGGAAAGAGAACUUUGGCACUAGACAGACUUAGGUCCAGAUCUUGGGCCUGCCACCCACUAGCUGUGAGAUCUUAGCAAAUUACCUCCUGCCUAUAUACUCAGUGUUUAUGUCCACCUGUGAUGUUCUUAUUAAAUCCUAAUGCCAAAGGUGAUAGUAUUAGGAGGUGGGAUUCUUGGGAGGUGAUUAGGUCAUGCAAGUGGAUUCUCAUAAAUGGGAUUCAUGCCCUUUCUAUAAAAGGUCCCAGAAAGAUCCCUUACAGCUUUUCCCAUGUGCACUUCUUGCCACGUGAGGUUCCAGUGGCCAGACCGAACCAGAAAGAAGGCCCUUUCUGGAAUCUGCUGGUAACUGAUCUUGAACUUCCCAAUCUCCAGAACUAUGAGAAUAAAUUUCUGUUUACAA